AUGUCCAUUAUAUAGAUUCCCACCACAAUGCUGAGUGGCCCGCGUGAUCUCCAUCUUCGUCUUCUUUCUUACUCUUCACCCUUUCUACUUUCCUCUCUUCACUUCCCCAAAAAAUCUACUUCUCUCUCACACAAACACCUAUAGAUAUAGUGUAUAUAUAUAUACACAAUCACCCACCUACCCCAUAGCCAUUAAUAUCCCUUUACUCUGUAAAUAUAUCUAGCACAGAGAGAGAGACACCUAGCUAUAUACACAUUUAUUUAUUCUACAAUUUCUGAUGAAGAACACUUUUCUAAACUAGAUCUUGGGUAAGUGGGUGUGUGUUUAGUUCAGUUAUUGUGAUUCAAAUGGAGAUUUGGAAAGUGGGUUUUGUAGCUAUGGUGUUGGGUUUAUCUUUAGCUAUACUGGUUGAAUGUGGGGUACCCGAUAUGUAUUCGUCAAAAUUAGUUCAUAGAUUCUCCGACGAAGUGAGGAAACUUAGGGUUUCAAGGAAUGAGGAAGUGGGUGUUGUGUGGCCACAACAUAUGAGCUUAGAGUAUUAUGGGAAAUUGAUGAACAGUGAUUUGCAACGGCAAAAAAUGAAGCUGGGUCCUCAGUUUCAGCUACUUUUUCCUUCACAGGGUAGCAAAACGAUGCCGUUGGGAAAUGACUUCGGAUGGUUACAUUACAUGUGGGUUGAUAUAGGAACGCCAAAUGUUUCUUUUCUCGUUGCACUAGACGCUGGAAGUGACUUGCUGUGGGUUCCAUGUGAAUGUGUACAAUGCGCUCCUCUUUCAGCCAGUUAUUAUAGCAGCCUGGAUAAAGAUCUAAAUGAGUACAAUCCAUCUGGCUCAAGCACAAGUAAGUUCCUGUCGUGCAGCCAUCAGUUAUGUGAACUGAGUUCAAAUUGCAAAACCCCUAAGCAGCCCUGUCCGUACACUGUGAAUUAUGUAUCAGAAGAUACAUCCACAUCCGGAGUGCUCGUGGAAGAUAUCUUGCACCUUGCAUCAGGCAGCCGUAUGGCAGCCAACGGCUCUGCCAGGGCUCCAGUCACUUUUGGAUGUGGUAGUAAGCAAACUGGUGGUUAUCUAAAUGGAGUUGCACCUGAUGGCCUUAUGGGCUUGGGACCUGGAGAUAUCUCAGUUCCCAGUCGUCUUGCCAAAGCUGGAUUGGUCCGAAACUCCUUCUCUCUUUGUUUUAAGGAAGAUGAUUCGGGAAGGAUUUUCUUUGGAGACCAAGGGUCUGCUGGCCAGCAGACAACUUCUUUUCUGCCUUCAGAAGGACAAUUUGUUACUUAUGUUGUUGGCGUGGAAUCAUGUUGUUUUGGGAGCUCCUGUAUUGAGCAGACAAACUUCAAAGCCAUUGUGGAUAGUGGGACAUCAUUUACAUUUCUCCCAGAUCAAAUUUACGAUAGAGUUGUUAAAGAGUUUGACAGAAAAGUGAAUGCUACAAAAGCUAGCUUUGAAGGAUAUCCUUGGCAAUAUUGCUACAAAUCCAGUUCUGAAGGUUUGCCGAAGAUUCCUUCAUUUACUCUGAAGUUCAUGAUGAACAGCAGCUUUAUAGUCCAGGAUCCUGUAUUUGUGAUUUAUGGCAGUCAAGGUGCUGUUGGAUUUUGUUUAGCUGUGGAGCCUUCAGGCAUAGAUAUUGGAACGAUUGGACAGAACUUCAUGACGGGAUAUCGCAUGGUGUUUGAUAGAGAAAACCUGAAACUGGGCUGGUCGCGCUCUGACUGUGAAGACCUUACUGAUAAUAAUAGACUGCCAUUGGCUCCAGCAGAGGGUAGCUCGCCAAACUCACUGCCAACAGAACAGCAGAAUGCCCCUAAUAGCUCCGGAGUUGCCCCUGCUGUUGCCGGAAGGACACCCUCAAAUUCUGCAGCACCAACUUAUCGGGGGAUGCCAUUCAAGUUAUGCUUAACAAAGUUGCUGUUUCAGUUGCUGCUUAUAUCAAGUAACUUCCGACGGUCCUUAUAUACAUUCACUUUAUAAACCUGAUAAUGGUAUGCCUUAUAGGUUCAUAGUAUUAUAGGAUGUGUAGUUUUCCUUGUAAAUCAUGUCUCCAUCUUUUGGAGCCGUUUUUGUUUUCAUAUUCCCCAUCCCCCCCGCUUUUUUGGGUUUAUUGUUAUUUUGAGAUAUUAGCCAUUAGAGAUAGGAUGGGGCUGCUAGAUGAAGAGCUUGUUUUAUGCAUCUUCUAACUCUGGAUGUUCAAUUUCGUGUUACCUUAUCAGAUACUAUUAUACAUACGUAAUGCUCACUGUUGAAUUCCA